CCUCCUCCCGCCUUGCUCAUAGCCUUCACUGUCUUUCGCUAGUUUCUCGUACUCUAAUGCCUCGAAAGGUUGAAAGAGAGGAACUGCGGUUGUUCUAAGACCAGUAUAACAUUAUACAUCCUAUCGUCAUUAUAGCUUCAGUCACCAAAAUGUCGCUGCGGGCUCCGACACCCUCACGCCGCAUCUCGGUUGCACCUCCAAAACCUGCUGUAGAUGCGAAGCCCCAGUAUCAGGUCGAAGAGCUUCUUGUAAGAAUUCGUGGACUGGAGCGUGCCGUUGAGAAACACAAGGCGGCGGUAGUUUCUGAACAGGCACGUUCCAAAGACGCUGUUCAGAAGAUCCAACAGACUUGGGCCAAGGAACGCGAGGACUGGCAAGCAGGUUGCGAUGCGAUCCAAGUCGCGCAUCGCAUUAACUUCCUGAAGACGACACUGGAUCUAGAGAAACAGAAGGGCAUUGUUCUCCAGGAGAAGGAGAACUCCCGUAAAGAGCAACUUGCGCGGCUUCAAAGGGACUUCAACUUGGUGAAGUUCCAAAUCGAGGAGUCUGAGCAGGAAGAUCGCAUGGCCAGGAUGGAAGACGAACUGGAAGAAAUGGAAGAAGAACUCGAGCGCGUCUCUCAAGAGCACAAGCAGGAAUUAGAGCACGCGAAGCAGUCCUUUCAAGGAGAGUUGGAUGCGUUUCGUACACGCUGCGAUAGAUUGGAGACGAAGCUGGGUGAGAAGCUGGAGGAGCUUGAGAACGCUCUGGAGGAGAAAGCGCAACUAGAGGCAUGUACUAUUCAGACGCGUUGUCCUAUAAUCUAUGUACACGUCCGUUCAUUUCUCAUUUAUUCAAUUACUUUGCAGAAAACUCUCGCCGGCCUCCGCGCUGAGCAUACCGCCCUGCUCUCUUCAUCAACAUCUAAAGGAUCCGAUCUUGAACGGGCUAAUUUACGUUAUGAAAGUCUUAAGUCGACUCAUACUGAACUCGAAACGAAAUUCGCCGAUGCUCAACAGGCGAAUGCGGACUUACGACGCCAACUAGAUAAAUGGCGCGACCUCGAGAAUCGUGAAGGUGACGAACUUGCGGAAUUGCGUAAGGUUAAUCUCGAACUCAAAGUCAGAGUGGAGGAACUGGAGAAGAAGGUUGAAGACGCCAACCGAAAGUCAAAAGAACGAAAGGAGAAAGUAAAGGUUGUCUUCCAAGAACAAGAGAAAGCGCUUGAAGAAGCAAACGGGCUUAAUGAGCAGUUACAAGAGGAGAUCGAGGACGCAAAGAGGCAACUGGCCGAAGCUGAGAAGAAGAUUCAGGACCUUCAAGUUCAGGUACAAGCUGAGAAGUCGAGAGCUGACACGGCUCUAGAAAUUGCAAAGAGGCCAUCUGGAUCAGGCGCCAGAAGUUCGCCACAAGAGCCCACACCACGUCUGGCGUCAGAGGAAGAAGUGGAGGAGGUUGUUGCAUCAUCCCCUCCACUUAGACCUCGCGCCAAACACGCCGCCGCCGCCGCCUCCAAGGGGCGUAAACCUAAACCACAAAAUAUCGCGCAAGACGUUGGAGACGAUAGUGACGUUGUUGAAAUUGUCCAGGAACCUGCGGUGGUUCAACGGCCACGGGGCAGAGGGAAGAAGGUUAAGUCACCAACUGGAGAUGGUAGUGACGACGAAGUUCAAAUUCAAGACGGGCCGCUCAAGACGAAAAGGAGCAAGGGAAAGAAUAAGACGUUAGAACCUACAUCUGAGGAUGAGGAACUCGCACGAGGAAAGACAGCCAAAACGCGGGGACGGAAGAGUCCUGUCAAGAAGAACGCUGUUGCAGACGACAUCAAUGACGAAGACGAGGAGAUACAAGAGGUCCCGGCCCCUGCGAAACGGAAGGGUAAACGGAAAGUUGGAACGGAGGGUGAUAGUGACCAGGAGGUUGAUGCCGACGAUCGUGGAAAGCCCAGUAAUGGCAAAGCUGCCGCGAAGGCCAAAGCUGGUGGAGGGAAGCCCGCUAGCAAAGCUAAGGUCGCCUCAAGGCGAGCUAGUUCCUCACGGAAGUCGGAUGAGAAGGAGGUCGAGGAAGACGAUCCUGACCCUGAGGCGGAAGUUGCACCCAAGAAGAAAAAGCGAAAGAUCAAUCUCUUCCCUUCUGCUCAGGCGACUACUUUCAAUUGGGGCGAACUCUCGCAGGGAGCGGGCGGUCUGAAUAUACCCACGAACCUGUCACCCGUGAAGGAUAACGAUGCCGUACCUCCUCGAUCGACUAGCCGGCUGGGCUCGGCUUAUGGUUGGAACCAAGGAAGUCGACGGUAGGACUGCAGUACGAUCAAAUAACGAUAAUCACUGUGCUAUUUCCUGUAUCACCGUUCGAUUUUCCUUUGGGAACAAGGUGAGCUAACUACCCUUUCGCUUUUCCGGCGUUUAUUUCAACACGCCUUCAUGUGAGAGCUCGCUAAGAAGUAGGCACAAAAUGAUUUUCUAACGUUUGAGAUGGUUGUAUCCCCGAUGGGUUGCUAACUGUCAUUGAUUUCACAGAUAUGCUAUUAUUCUUGGAUCUCCGUUUAUGCUGGGUGGCUCCAGUACGAUCAACUUGGGUUGAGAUCGAUCUCUUACAGCAUUUUCUCCAUUCUGCACCACGUAUUUGUCUUCUCUCGGUCAAUAUAUUUCUAAUCGACAAGCAUUCAAACGCUUGUGGUGACAACUUUGCAUCAACACAUGUUUUUAUGGCGAGCAUUUUCUUGUUGACCUCACCGCAACCAAUGUUGCCUCUGGGACUGCUCCAUCACAA